AUGCCUCACCACGAGGAAAAGAAAGAUAAAAACGAUGAGAAAGCACCAGUAGAUCUAAGAACUCGAACAGGUGGGGCUUAUAUACCCCCUGCUAAAUUGAAGUUGUUGCAAGACCAGAUUGCUGAUAAAGGCAGCGAACAGUAUCAAAGAAUAAAUUGGGAAAGGCUGAAGAAGAAGAUUCAUCGUCAGGUCAAUAUCGUCAAUACAGCGAAUCUUAUUCCAGUUGUGCGUGAUCUUUUGCAGGAGAAUGUUAUUCGUGGAAAAGGUUUACUGGCACGAGCAAUAAUCCAAGCUCAGGCUUUUUCUCCAGCCUAUACUAAUGUAUAUGCUGCGCUAGUGGCUGUUAUUAAUAGCAAAUUCCCGGAAAUAGGAGAGCUAAUUCUGAAGCGUCUUGUAAAUCAGUUUAGUCGAAGUUAUCAACGAAAUGAUAAAGCGACAGUUGUAACGAUUCUGAAGUUUUUAGCACACCUUGUCAACCAGCAAGUGGUUCACGAGGUACUGGCGCUUGAAUUGGUAGUGUUAAUGUUAGGCAACCCUACUGAAGAUUCUGUUGAAGUCACAGUGGCGUUUUUAAAAGAAUGUGGUGCAAGGUUGAAAGAUGUUUCCCCACGCGGACUGAAUUCCGUUUUUGAUCAGCUGAGAAGUCUUCUCACUGAUUCUGAAAUCGGUAAACGAGUACAGUUUAUGAUUGAAGUCCUCUAUACAGUUCGCCGAGAUAAUUUCACGGGCUAUCCUUCAGUGAUAGAGGAGCUGGAUUUGAUUGACGAGGAGGACCAGAUAACUCAUGAGAUAGGGCUUCUGGAUCAGGUGGAUCCUGAAAGAGAACUUGACGUAUUCAAGUACGAUCCCGAAUUUGAGAAAAAUGAGGCGCAGUAUGACGAAAUCCGUCAAGAAUUGAUUGGAGAUCCAUUAGAAUCAUCUGAUGAGGAAAGUGAGGGUGAAGGAGAAGAACAGAGUGAGGAAGAAAACGAAAAAGGUCAACAAGAUACGCUAACAAUAAUUGACAACACUGAACAAAACUUAGUUGCUUUUCGAAGAAAUGUCUAUUUAACGAUUCAGUCAUCCUUAGACUUCCAAGAAGCAGCCCAUAAGCUUUUAAAAAUUGAUUUGAAACCAGGAGAAGAUGUUGAACUCUGCAAUAUGAUCGUAGAUUGCUGUGCUCAACAAAGAACCUAUGAAAAUUUUUACGGGCUUUUGGCUGAACGAUUCUGUCGUCUUCGUAAAGAGUUCCAGGAUGCUUUUGAAAGGAUUGCACGUGACACAUAUAACACGAUUCACCGUUUUGAGAUUACUAAGUUAAGAAACAUGGCAAGGCUCGUUGCCCAUUUACUGUCGUCAGAUGCAAUUUCAUGGAACGUACUUGAAGAAAUUUCUUUGAACGAAGACGAUACGACGUCAGCUGGUCGCAUAUACAUAAAAAUCCUUUUCCAAGAAAUAGCCGAAUUUGAGGGUGUUGAAAAACUUAUGGAACGUAUUCGGGACCCGACAAUGCAGAUUGCUUUUGACAAGAUAUUUCCGCGCGACAAUCCUAAUCAUACGCGUUUUUCUAUCAACUUUUUCACUUCGAUCGGUUUAGGAUACUUAACUAUGGAUUUGAGAAACCACUUAAAGCAGCGAACUCAGAAGGAAAUAAAUGACCUUUCAAGUUCUUCAUCUUCUUCAUCUAGCUCCAGCUCAGACUCCGAAUCCUCCAGUUUAGGGUCAAGUUCUUCUGAUACUAGUGAUUCGUCAGACAGUGACAGUGAUAGCGACGAAGACGAGGAAGAUACACGCAAGAGGAAGAAGGAUGAUGAUAGGAGUAAAAACAGAAAUGAAAUUCAAAAAAAGAAGAAGACUGAUGACGGUAUGAGAGGUAAAGAAGAUGCUCAUCGAAGGCGGAGAGAAGAUGAUCUUGAUAAAAAAAAGAAUGGUGAUCAUAGGAAAAGGAAGAAUGGCGACAGAGAUGUAGGCAGGAGAGAUGGCGUUAAGGGUGAAAGGGAUCGUGAGAGUCACAAAAAAAGAGCUGAUCGCAGCGAAGACGAGAGAGAUAGGAAGAACGGUGAUGAUAGGCGGCGAGUAAGGGCUGACGACAAGAAGAGGGGUAGGGAUUAUGACCACCAUAAGAGAAGAGUAAAGGAUGAUGAACAUAGGAGGAAAAGGGCAAGGAGUGGUGAUGGGCGAGAUGAGAAGUCGCGUACUGCGAAAGGAUUAUAG